AUGUCAGAUGAACCUAAUUCUGGAUGGGCAGGCAUCAAGGUCGUUGCUGAGGUGACAAAGAGCAAGUACCGGCCAGGGAAGUGUGCCGCGAAAUCCCGCGACACCAAGGCAUAUAUUAUCUUGAAGGACCAGCCCUGGAGGCGCUUCGCUCUCAUGCUAUCUCUAUGUAAUCACUAUCGUGAACUUCGUAUUCACGUAUACGACCACUCUGGUUCUGCUGUAUCACCUCCAUUCCAUAUCGACCAACAGAAGGACAAAUUUCUGCAAAUCCUCUCGUCUAUCGUCUUUGGCAAUGAUGAGUGCAUCGGUUUCGAUACGACGAUGAACAUUCGACAGCUUAAACUCCCUGUACUAUCACAUCGUUCUCGUCCUCCCAGGAGAUUGCGUGCUCUGACAAAGAGGGUCAUCACUCAGGGUACAUCUGGUACACUGGCCAAGUCAGGAGAUGCGGCCUCAGGUGAGGAGUCAGGCGAGUCAGAUGAAGCUUCCAGCCGGGAGUCAGGAUACAAGUCAGCUUCAUCAUACAAACCUUCGCCCCCACAGACUUCUGGUGGCGAUUCCCCAUCAAGCAUAUUCUCCUCCCUCGAGCUAGAUGAGCGGCCUGAUAUCAGGACUGGUCCUCCUGCACUCCCCUCUGAGCUGCCUCCCUCGGCCAUUUCUACCCCACUAGUUCCUUUUAUUGCCCAAACUUCUGUUCCUCCGAAUUCGUCGCCGAUCGGUAAAAUUCAAGUCAACGACAACUGGUACGAUAUCCUAGAGGUCAUAUUUUCGAGUCAUGGCCUGGUUGGUCAUGGCACCAUUUGCUACUUGGCCAGGAAGGACGACCAAGAGUACAUCAUCAAGGACCACUGGGUCCUUGGAAAUGCAGACGAUGAAGAUACCUUAAAUGAGGUCAUUAUGUUGAAGAAGAUGCAGGGUGUCCGUGGUGUCCCAGAACUCGUAGAAUUCAGCAAAGUUAAGCUGUCGACCGGUGAGGUCGACAAUACGAAGAUUUACCACUAUCGAGAGCUGCCCAGCUUAGUCAACACUUGGCACACUCAUUCUCGCCUCAUCAUGAAGCCCCAAGGGCGACCUUUACAUAAAUUUCGAACAAAGUUGGAAUUUAUUCGAGCUAUACGUGACAUCAUUGCCAGGAGUGAUCUCCCAGUUCAACAGGAAGCGCAUGCACGAGGUAUUUUGCAUCGUGAUUGCAGCCUCAACAAUGCGAUAAUUGAGGAUGCCGAUGAUGAUAGCCUUGGAAUGUUAAUUGACUGGGAAUUUGCUGUACUUGUCACCCCGGAGAACAACUACGCCAUCGGUGGGACAGGCACAGUUCCGUUCAUGUCGUGGCGGCUCCUGCAGCAACUGAAAAAUAUCAUAGUGCCCAGCACUGCAAGAAAAGGGGUGUCAUCAUCGUCACCUUUGGCAAUUGGAUCCGUCAAGCAAGACUAUUCAGAUGAUCUUGAAUCACUGUUUUACGUCUUUUCUUGGGUCUGCAUUGGAUACAGCGGCCCACUUGGCAUGGAGCGCCAUUUGAACGCUUCGAAAGCAUGGCUUCCACAUGCGUGGAGCAACCGGAGUAUCGCCGGAUGCUUUGAUACCAAAGUGUCAUUCUAUACAACGGACGAUGGCAAAGCUGCAAUCACAAUGCAGUUCAACGACUACUUCAAGGAUCUUAUUCCGCUUGCACUGGAGUGGAUGGACCUCCUAAGGCUCAAUUUCCCGGUUCAGGUUGGCAGUGUCAACAGCCAGGCUCUCCACCGACCCAUCGAAUUCGAUGCACUGCUCAAGAUCUUGGACAAACACAUCGCUGGACUCAAGGGUGCGCCUGAGCUGUCCCCCGAACAAUUGUUGCGCAAGAGGUUGACAGACAAGAAUGUGAAGGACGUACAUGCAUUGGGAACAAUCAUAGAAAAGAUGAGCCACCAGAUCCCAGUGAAGAAACGCGGUCUGAAUGAUGGGUGGACUGUCGAAUCUGUGAAGAGGAGCAAGUUAUCGAACUCAGAGUAG